GGCAUUUAACGUUUCAAAGGUUACAAGGAAAUGGGGCUGGGAAAGCUGUUGUCGCUUAAUCAUUUGUUAACCUUCCUGAACAUUCCACUUCCUCCAAUUUGUUUUCGUCCAGUAAAUGCAAAAAUGGUCAUGGACGCUAGCAAACUACACUGGGGACAUCAAGAAUACAAUCUUGGAGAGUUUGCUGAAAAAUUCAAGGACUCCUUUCCUAAGAUCAUCAAUGUAACGGAGGGCUUUCUUGGACAACAGGAACUGGACAGUAUCAGCUCAAGCACAGUGAGUGUGAUUUAUUUCCUUUGAUACUUAGUGAUAUUAUCAACUGCCUGAAGCUAUUUUAGCACAGUGGUUCGGGGUUCAAAUAAUUAAUGUCUCUAAUUACUUGAUCUUUCUAAAAAUGGACUGUAUUGUAAUACUGUACUGUAGGUUUGUAAACUUUGCAAAGACCUGUCUUUUAUCGACCGAAUCAGUCUUUUUCAAGUGUUCUGAUUUGCAAUGCCUUUUCUUAUAAGAGUAUAUGAAAGAAUCUCUCCACUCACUCAGUCACAUAUUUUGUAUUUGUAUUUGUAUUUAUUAUGGAUCCCCAUUAGCUGCUGCCAAGGCAGCAGCUACUCUUCCUGGGGUCCGGCAAAAUUAAGGCAGUUAUAACAUUUAAAAACAUUACAAUACAUUCAUUACAUAAUUCACAACACACUAAGUGUGUCCUCUCAGGCCCAUACUCCACUACCACAUAUCUACAACACAACAUCCAUGUGUACGUGUGUGUAUAGUGCGUAUGUUAUCAUGUGUGUGUAUGCAUGUGUCUGUGCCUAUGUUUGUGUUGCUUCACAGUCCCUGCUGUUCCAUAAGGUUUAUUUUUAUCUGUUUUUUAAAAUCUGAUUCUACUGCUUUCAUCAGUUAACUGAUGUGGAAUAGAGUUCCAUGUAGUCAUGACUCUGUGUAGUACUGUGCGCCUCCCGUAGUCUGUUCUGGACUUGGGGACUGUGAAGAGACCUCUGGUGGCAUGUCUUGUGGGGUAUGCAUGGGUGUCUGAGCUGUGUGCUAGUCGUUUAAACAGACAGCUCGGUGCUUUCAACAUGUCACGUAUUAAUACCACUUGAAAUGUUGUGCAGCUCUUAUGUAGUUCAUGUUUAUGUUUUUACCACCUCCCACCCCAACGUUCCAAAGAACAUCCUGGUCCACUCCCUGCUCUGCCAGCAGAGAGCAGUGUUUGAGAGUAAACAUGGGAAGGUCCUGUCCAUACCUGUCACCAUCUCCACUAUAGGGUUCUACAUAAUCAGAAAUGAUAGACGAGAAGGUGAGUUGCACAGUUAAGUGAGGUGAAUCUACAACCUCUUACCGACCACUCUGAGGAUGAUAGCUUAGGCACCAUUCCAAACUGGGUCUUUUUGGCAUUUACUCAUAGGAACACCAAUCAGUCUUCAGGCUAUUUUGGAGUCCAACCCACUGCCAGUCAUCAUCCAACCACUAACGCCACUCGUCCUGCCGUGGAUGUCAGGAGGCCAUAGGCUGGACACACUGACAAUCACACGCACCUAUGAGGAGCAGCUCUUACUGGGCUUUCCUUUCAGCAGCAAAGGUAUUCGUGGCUUGCAUUAUUUUUAAAGAAAUCUGAUAUAUCAUUAGUUGAAACCUGUUCUGAAUGUUACAGCAGGUCAUUUGUAUGGUGACCUCAAAUAUGUAUAUGUUUGUCAUAUACAGUGGGGGAAAAAAGUAUUUAGUCAGCCACCAAUUGUGCAAGUUCUCCCACUUAAAAAGAUGAGAGAGGCCUGUAAUUUUCAUCAUAGGUACACGUCAACUAUGACAGACAAAUUGAGAUUAUUUUUUCCAGAAAAUCACAUUGUAGGAUUUUUAAUGAAUUUAUUUGCAAAUGGUGGAAAAUAAGUAUUUGGUCACCUACAAACAAGCAAGAUUUCUGGCUCUCACAGACCUGUAACUUCUUCUUUAAGAGGCUCCUCUGUCCUCCACUCGUUACCUGUAUUAAUGGAACCUGUUUGAACUUGUUAUCAGUAUAAAAGACACCUGUCCACAACCUCAAACAGUCACACUCCAAACUCCACUAUGGCCAAGACCAAAGAGCUGUCAAAGGACACCAGAAACAAAAUUGUAGACCUGCACCAGGCUGGGAAGACUGAAUCUGCAAUAGGUAAGCAGCUUGGUUUGAAGAAAUCAACUGUGGGAGCAAUUAUUAGGAAAUGGAAGAUAUACAAGACCACUGAUAAUCUCCCUCGAUCUGGGGCUCGACGCAAGAUGUCACCCCGUGGGGUCAAAAUGAUCACAAGAACGGUGAGCAAAAAUCCCAGAACCACACGGGGGGACCUAGUGAAUGACCUGCAGAGAGCUGGGACCAAAGUAACAAAGCCUACCAUCAGUAACACACUACGCCGCCAGGGACUCAAAUCCUACAGUGCCAGACGUCCCCCUGCUUAAGCCAGUACAUGUCCAGGCCCGUCUGAAGUUUGCUAGAGUGCAUUUGGAUGAUCCAGAAGAGGAUUGGGAGAAUGUCAUAUGGUCAGAUGAAACCAAAAUAGAACUUUUUGGUAAAAACUCAACUCGUCGUGUUUGGAGGACAAAGAAUGCUGAGUUGCAUCCAAAGAACACCAUACCUACUGUGAAGCAUGGGGGUGGAAACAUCAUGCUUUGGGGCUGUUUUUCUGCAAAGGGACUAGGACGACUGAUCCGUGUAAAAGAAAGAAUGAAUGGGGCCAUGUAUCGUGAGAUUUUGAGUGAAAAUAGGAGAUCUGCAUGGAGGAAUGGGCCAAAAUACCAGCAACAGUGUGUGAAAACCUUGUGAAGACUUACAGAAAACGUUUGACCUGUGUCAUUGCCAACAAAGGGUAUAUAACAAAGUAUUGAGAAACUUUUGUUAUUGACCAAAUACUUAUUUUCCACCAUAAUUUGCAAAUAAAUUCAUUAAAAACCCUACAAUGUGAUUUUCUGGAUUUUUUUUUCUCAUUUUGUCUGUCAUAGUUGACGUGUACCUAUGAUGAAAAUUACAGUCCUCUCUCAUCUUUUUAAGUGGGAGAACUUGCACAAUUGGUGGCUGACUAAAUACUUUUUUCCCCCACUGUAUAUGCAUGAUAUUUUCAGGUGGUUGUAAUAGUCUUCUCAGAAAGGCUACUCCUCUCUUUACCCCAUUCUUGGCUAAAUACUUUUUUUCCCCACUGUAGCCUUUUACCACAAAUAGUGAGAACUUUGCAUUUGAAAAUAUGUAACCUAUACAUCUAUUCUGUUUAGCAUGGAGUUCAAGAGAAUGCAGAUUUGGUAUCCGAGAACUUAUUAAUUAUGUGUUGUUGUUAUUCAGGAAUCCUCUCCAGACACACUCCUCUGGUGCUGCCCAUGUAUAUGAAGGAGGUGCGUAUUGCACUGGCAGAGGGGUUGGAGGGACUCGAUCAGGGCCAGUUUGAGGACGCCUGUGCAACAUUGGGGGGGCAGAUCGAUGAGCUGGGCCACACAAACCUUUUCAUCUUUCAAGGUACACAGCAGCCCUCUGCAUGAAAAAAGUAUUGUUACAUUACACCUCCCUUUGGUGAGUGAUGAUGAACGGUAUGGUGGGUGACAGAUUAGUAAGUGUGGAUCAGCAAUAGCAUCACUACACCACACUACAGAAGACCCAGAGGAGUCCCACAGGGAUUUGUACUCGGUCCUCUUUAAUUUUGUUCUGAUUUCCCAUAUAAUGUACACUGGCACCGCGACUAGCUCUUAGGAAACUUUGCAGUAUUUUGUUUUUUUAUGUUUUAUUUUUUACAUUAUUAGCUCAGAAAGUGUUUUGCAUCAUUACAUACAGCCGGGAAAAACUAUUGGAUAUCAGAGCGGCGGUAACUCACCAGCAUUACGACCAGGAAUACGACUUUCCCGAAGCAGAUCCUUUGUUUGCUCUCCCCAGGGCAACUGAACUGAUUCCAGCGGCUGACCCAAAACAUCGCCGGCGGAGGAGAGGCACUUGGAGCGGCCUGCUGGUCCGACUUAGGAGGCGCGCACACCACCCAGUAUUCUACUCGCUAAUGUUCAAUCUUUGGUUAACAAAGUCGACGAACUAAGGGCAAGGAUUUCUUUCCAGAGAGACAUCAAGGCCUGUAACAUACUCUGUUUCACGGAAACAUGGCUCUCUUGGGAUAUUCUGUCGAAAUCGGUCCAGCCAGAUGGGUUCUCAGUUCAUCGCGCAGACAGGAAUGAAUAUCUCUCCGGGAAGCAGAAGGGCGGAUGUGUGUGUUUCAUGAUUAACGACUCGUGGUGUAAUUAUAGUAACAUAGAGGAACUCGAGUCCUUCUGUUCACCCGACUUAGAAUAUCUCACAAUCAAAUGCCGACCGUAUUAUCUCCCAAGAUAAUUUUCUUCGGUUAUAGUCACGGCCAUGUAUAUCCCCCCCUCAAGCCAAUACCACGACGGCCCUCAAAGAACUUCACUGGACCUUAUGCAAACUGGAAACCAAAUAUCCUGAGGCUGCAUUUAUUGUAGCCGGUGAUUUUAACAAAGCAAAUUUGAGGACUAGGCUGCCGAAGUUCUAUCAACAUAUCGACUGUUGUACUCGCGCUGCUAAAAUCCUCGACCAUUGCUAUUCAAACUUCCGGGAUGGUUAUAAGGCUCUCCCCUGCCCUCCUUUUGGCAAAUCUGACCACGACUCCAUUUUGCUUCUCCCUUCCUAUAGGUAGAAACUCAAACAGGAAGUACCCGUGCUAAGGACUAUUCAACGCUGGUCUGACCAAUCGGAAUCCACGCUUCAAGAUUGUUUUGAUCACGCGGACUGGGAUAUGUUCCGGGUAGCUUCCGAAAAUAAUUUAGACAUAUUCACUGAAACGGUGACUGAGUUUAUCAGGAAGUGUAUAGGUGAUGUUGUGCCCACUGUGACUAUUAAAACCUACCCUAACCAGAAACCGUGGAUAGACGGCAGCAUUCGCGCAAAUCUGAAAGCGCGAACCACCGCAUUCAACCAUGGCAAGGUGACUGGGAAUAUGGCAGAAUACAAACAGUGUAGCUACUCACUCCGCAAGGCAAUUAAACUGGCAAAACAUCAGUAUAGAGACAAAGUGGAGUCGCAAUUCAACGGCUCAGACACAAGACGUAUGUGGCAGGGUCUACAGACAAUCACGGACUACAAAAAGAAAACCAGCCACGUCGCCGACACCGACGUCUCGCUUCCAGACAAGCUAAACACCUUCUUCGCCCGCUUUGAGGAUAACACAGUGCCACUGACGAGGCCCACUACCAAGGACUGUGGCCUCUCCUUCUCCAUGGCCGACGUGAUUAAGACAUUUAAGCACGUUAAUCCCCGCAAGGCUGCCGGCCCAGACGGCCAUCCCUAGCCGCGUCCUCAGAGCAUGCGCAGACCAGCUGGCUGGUGUGUUCAUGGACAUUUUCAAUCUCUCCCUUUCCCAGUCUGCUGUUCCCACAUGCUUCAAGAUGGCCACCAUUGUUCCUGUACCCAAGAAAGCAAAGGUAACUGAACUAAAUGACUAUCGCCCUGUAGCACUCACCUCUGUCAUCAUGAAGUGCUUUGAGAGACAAGUCAAGGAUCAUAUCACCUCUACCUUACCUGUCACCCUAGACCCACUUCAAUUUGCUUACCGCCCCAAUAGAUCCACAGACGAUGCAAUUGCCAUCACACUGCACACUGCCCUAUCCCAUCUGGACAAGAGGAAUACCUAUGUAAGAAUGCUGUUCAUUGACUAUAGCUCAGCAUUCAACACCAUAGUACCCUCCAAGCUCAUCAUUAAGCUCGAGACCCUGGGUCUGAACCCCGCCCUGUGCAACUGGGUCCUGGACUUCCUGACGGGCCGCCCCCAGGUGGUGAAGGUAGGAAACAACAUCUCCACUUCACUGAUCCUCAACACAAGGGUGCGUGCUCAGCCCCCUCCUGUACUCCCUGUUCACCCAUGACUGCGUGGCCAAGCACGCCUCCAACUCAAUCAUCAAGUUUGCAGACGACACAACAGUAGUAGGCUUGAUUACCAACAAUGACGAGACCGCCUACAGGGAGGAGGUGAGGGCUCUGGGAGUGUGGUGCCAGGAAAAUAACCUCUCACUCAACAUCAACAAAACAAAGGAGAUGAUCGUGGACUUCAGGAAACAGCAGAGGGUGCACCCCCCUAUCCACAUCGACGGGACCGCAGUGGAGAAGGUGGAAAGCUUCAAGUUCCUUGGCGUACACAUCACCGACAAACUGAAAUGGUCCACCCACGCAGACAGUGUGGUGAAGAAGGCGCAACAGAGCCUCUUCAACCUCAGGAGGCUGAAGAAAUGUUGCUUAUCACCUAAAAACCCUCACAAACGUUUACAGAUGCACAAUUGAGAGCAUCCUGUCGGGCUGGAUCACCGCCUGGUACGGCAACUGCACCGCCCACAACCGCAGGGCUCUCCAGAGGGUGGUGCGGUCUGCCGAACGCAUUACCGGGGGCAAACUACCCGCCCUCCAAGACACAUACAGCACCCGAUGUCACAGGAAGGCCAAAAAGAUCAUCAAGGACAUCAACCACCCGAGCCACUGCCUGUUCACCCUGCUAUCAUCCAGAAGGCGAGAUCAGUACAGGUGCAUCAAAGCUGGGACCGAGAGAAUGAAAAACAGCUUCUAUCUCAAGGCCAUCAGACUGUUAAAUAGCCAUCACUAGCACAUUAGAGGCUGCUGCUGCCUAUUGAAAUCACUGGCCACUUUAAGAAAUGGAACACUAGUCACUUUAAUAAUGUUUACAUAUCUUACACUACUCAUCCCAUAUGUAUAUACUGCAUUCUAUUCUAUAAUAUUGUCCAUAUACAGCUGUGGAAAAAAUUGAGAGACCACUGCAAAUUAUUCUUAAAUCAGCAUCUCUACAUGUAUGACAGCCAUUCCAUUCCAGUGUCUGUUGAAUUCCAACACAGGCACACCUCAUUCUACUGAAUUAGGUACUGAUUAGGUGAUCACCUGAACCAAAUCUUAUUUAACGAGGAAAAGUAUAAAAACCACUGCUGUGGUCAUCACUAUCCUCUUGCAAUAGGACCUGCUGGAUGGCAAAAAACAGUGCUAAUAGUACCUCAAAAGUAAUAUUAAUCAAAAAAUAACUAUUGACCAUGCCAAAAGAGUUGAAAAGGAAAGUUUUAAGUGAGGAAAAGAAGGGUUCAAUUCUGGCUUUACUGGCAGAGGGACACAGUGAGCGUCAGGUUGCUUCCAUCCUUAAAAUUUCAAAGACGGCGGUUCAUAAGAACAAGGUCAAGCAGCAGACAUUGGGGACAACAAAGCUACAGACCGGCAGAGGGCGAAAACGACUCUCUACUGACCGGGAUGACCGCCAACUCAUUCGAAUGUCACUCAACAACCGUAGGAUGACAUCAAGUGACCUACAAAAAGAAUGGCACACUUUUUUGUGUGUAUUGGGUAUAUGUUGUGAAAUUGUUAGAUAUUACUGCACUGUUGGAGCUAGAAGCGCAAGCAUUUCGCUACACCCGCUAUAACAUCUGCUAAACACGUGUAUGUGACAAAUAACAUUUGAUUUGAUUUGAAUUUGAGGAGACUUCUAUGCAGGUUUGGUGUGAGCGUGGCACAGUUGAAGAGGCAGGGACUAAACUGGUUUACUCCGUUUUAGAGAAAUUGAGUUUGCCAUAUAGCCAACAUACAGUAUCAAUGAAGCAAGAAUUGAUGCAGGAUGCUGCAUAGGAGUCUGUCUCCUUGAAUUUGAGAAAUCAGAAAUGUAAAAUGGACCAAGUACAAAUCCCUGUGGGACUCCUGUAGUGUGCUAUCAGAACAUAAAUUGUUUGUGACCUCACUAGUCUUUUUAGUGAUAUUACAGCACAUAAAUAUCCUAAUUGGCAAUUGACAGAUGUAAAUGUUCAAAAUAACUAAAACCUAGUUUGCCUCUGCAGAUAUCACCAUUUUGAAUAAGCAAGAGUUGAUUGACAAUGGUCACGAAUACAUGGAGGUGAAGCCAAUCUACAUGAGCCUGAAGAACCAGGGUGAUGAAAUCAACCUCUACCAGCACCUUGACUUUGAGACAACCAAGUCUCCUACUUUACAGAGAAAAGCAGCAAGACCCCCACCUCUACCCCCUAAACCACAAGAUUUACAAAUAGCUAGACACAAACUUCCACCCCUUCCUCCAUCAUUGGAGAACAAUUCCCAGUCCUACUCUGGCGGCUCACGGCACCCACUCUUCUGCUCCUUAGCAGAGGUGCCCUCUAAUCUACAGGACCUGAGUGUGGCACAGGUGUGCUCCUUCCUGCGACUGCUCAAUUUGGGCCAGUACUGCCAGGCCUUUGAGAGGGAGCAGAUUGACGGGGACCUGUUGUACACAGUUGAGCCCAGCAUGAUGAGCGAGACCCUGGGUAUGGAGAGCCUGCACGUGGGCAAGCUUCUCCGCUUCCGAGAGGGCUGGAGGCCCUUACUUGGGUCCUCUGGAGCUGAUCAGGUUGGGUAGUAACGGAUUACCUGUAAUGGGGAUUAUAAUCAGAUUAUACUAAUUUAAUUUGCAAUCUGGGAUCCAAACAACACUAAAGCGGUCAAUCUGACACUUUUUUGGGAACCAGGUGCAUGAAAGUAAAUAAAAGUGACAUUUUGGACUCCUGUACUGGAUGGUAAAUUAAUUACAUAUUUGAUGUUAGGCUAAGUACCAUUUACAUUAGUAAAGCGUCAUUCAAAAUAAAGGCUACUUUUGGAGUAAUUCCUGCUGGGAAGCAAACAUUCAUCCACACAGCAUGAUUAAAAACAUAGGUUUCAGGCUGAUAGCCUUGUCCCGCUGUCACACCACAGGGCAGGUGGAGUCACUGAGUCAUUGAUAUUUUCAUUUUCACUUUCACUCAUUUCAUUUACCACAGCUACAGCAAUAAGAUGCAGAAAUAAAUACCUACAUGAGCUCCAAGAAAAUAAACAUAACAUACAUUUUAGGGGCAACAAAAAGCAUGCAAAAAAAAGAUAUAAUAUGCACCACAUGCCGAAAGUAUGUUGACACCCCUUCAAAUUAGUGGAU